CAGGAAGGUUGAAAAUGGCUAAACCCCAGGAGAGACCAGAGUGGGCAAACAAGGCCCAGUAUCUGCUGACCUGUAUUGGAUUUGCAGUAGGAGUGGGGAACGUGUGGCGCUUUCCGUACCUUUGUCAAAUCCAUGGAGGAGGUGCUUUCCUCAUCCCCUACCUGAUAGCCUUGGUAUUCGAGGGCCUUCCCCUGCUCUACCUGGAGCUGGCCAUCGGACAGAGGCUGCGCAUGGGCAGCAUCGGAGUCUGGAACUCCAUCUCCCCUUUCCUGGGUGGAGUCGGUAUUUCUUCUAUGCUGGUUUCUUUCCUGGUGUCUCUGUUCUACAACACCAUCGUGGCCUGGGUACUCUGGUACUUCUUCAACUCCUUCCAGGACCCCCUGCCCUGGAGCCAAUGUCCCCUCAACCAGAACCUCACAGCCUACAACCAGGAGUGUGUGGACAGCACGCCAUCAAACUACUUCUGGUACCGCCAGACCCUGAACAUCACCCCGAACGUGGAGACCAGCGGCUCUCUGCAGUGGUGGAUGGUCAUCUGCCUGGCCACUGCUUGGUUUGUGGUCUACGUCUGCUUCAUCAGGGGCAUCGAGACAAUUGGGAAGGCCGUGUACGUAACGGUCACCCUGCCGUACGUGGUUCUGACCAUAUUCCUGGUGCGUGCCCUCACUCUGCCAGGGGCAGCCGAAGGCCUGAAGUACCUCUUCACCCCAAAGUGGGAGAUCUUGAUGAAUCCCCAGGUGUGGCUGGAUGCCGCCACCCAGAUCUUCUUCUCACUCUCCGUGGCCUUUGGAGGUCUGAUCGUCUUCUCCAGCUACAACCCUUCAGAUAACGACUGUGAGAAGGACGCUGUAGUGGUUGGUCUGGUGAACAGCGCCACCUCCCUCUACGCCUCCGUCUCCGUGUUCUCCAUCCUGGGAUUCAAAGCCAAGAACAACUAUGUCAGCUGUCUACAAAGCAACAUCUUGGCUCUCACCGACCGUUUUGAAAUUGGAGACCAGAACAUGACCCUGGACAACUAUGAACAGAUGCUUGGAUAUCUGAACAGCACAUGGCCGGAGGAGGUGGCCCAGCUGAACCUGAGGCCCUGUGACCUCCAAACAUUCCUUGACCAGAGUGCGUCUGGUACCGGCCUGGCGUUCAUUGUCUUCACCGAGGCGGUGAUAGAGAUGCCGGGGUCCCAGGUCUGGGCCGUGCUGUUCUUCGUCAUGCUCUUUAGCCUGGGCCUCUCCACCAUGUUUGGAAACUUGGAAGGAGUUCUAAACCCCCUGAUGGAGCUAAACUUGGUCCCAAAGUGGAUGCCCAGGUGGCUUUUCACUGGCAUAGUUUGUUUGGUGGCAUUCCUGAUGUCUCUGAUCUUCACCCUGGGCUCCGGGAACUACUGGUUGGAGAUCUUCAAUGGCUAUGUGGGCUCCGUUCCGUUCCUCAUCAUUUCCUUUUUCGAGAUCGUCGGCGUGGUGUACGUGUACGGACUUAAGCGGCAGAUAAACACCCCAACUACCCCGCAUGGGACCCCAGCCACGUGGAUUUCCCCCGGACGAACGUGACGCCGUACCCGGACUGGGUGUUCGCCAUCAUCGUUCUCCUCUCUGGGUUGCCCGUGGCCCCCAUCCCACUGGUGGCGCUGUACACGCUG